UGUUGUUGUUGCACAGUUACUUAUGCUAUGUAUUUCUUAAAUACUUAUUAUUACAAAGCAUCUUUUACCUGAGUAGUUUUAGGCCACUUUACCUGUGUCUAAAUGAGAGGAGGCCUAUAAUUACGGCCUCACCCUUCACCUUGCUUGCAGCAGUGACACAUGUAUAAUUACACAAAAGGGUUUAUUGAAGGGAAUCACAGGUGUUAUCCAAGGGUUACAAACACGUGUCUGAAAACACAGCCGAAGGCCAUUUGCUCUCUGUCCUCUGACCUCUCUGACUUGACUUAAACUACCUGUUGUACUCGUUGUCUUGGAUGUGUGUGAACUGCGCUGAAGGCGGUUUGUCUACUUGUCUGCUGCUUUCGUGUUUUUUCUUUCCUCCCACGUUUUUCAUGUUUGCAUUCCGGCUUAAAUAUGGAAACGGGACAAUGAACAUUUCAGCUGGGUUGUCUCAUGUUAUUAUUAUUUUGUUGUUAUUGUUUUAAAAUAAUAAAUACAAAUACACGGUAUAGACAUAAAGCACAUAAUCUGAAUACAUAUAUUAACUUUUAUAACAGAUUCAAGGUCCAGAUAGUACAACACAUUAAAAUAUAAUAAAAUACAUACAACAUCACAAGUAAAAAACAACAAAGAACUGCACAUGCUUUAUAAAUAGACAGCUGUACCAGUGCCUCCACAGCUGGGACUGGUAUCGUGUAGUGCUGCAUUUUAUAUUUGAUAAAAACAUGAUCUCAUUUUCGAAGUCAUCAACCCGGCAGAUACACUUGUGCAUUAGUUUUCUUAAAACCGUGUUGAAUGUCUUGGCUCCUAAAAUAACAACGGGGAUUUAUGAAUAGACCAGAGUUAUAACUAUGUAUAUUAAAUGAUGUUUUUCAAUUCAAUUCAGUUUAUUUUGUACAGCCCAUUUGACCACUUAGUGAGACAGGAAUAUAACACUUCCUACUAACCCUUAAGUCUUUAGGACUAAAAACAAGAAGCUUGACUUUGCUUAUCAUGCAAAAAUACAAUGUUCAACAAACAGGAGACCAGAUGUUUGUUUGUUUUCCUCUCUUUUUGUGGAGCCAUCUUUCAUCGUUUUAACCCACCCGUGGGUUUAUUGUUGUGGUGAGAACUGUGACGAGCACGAGCUGCACGGAGCCGACCAAUGAGGAUGAGGGAGGCCGCGGGUCUGACCAAUGGGAGCGCUGAGGACACGGUGUUUACACCCGCCCCCUUUCCCGUACAAGGCGACUGUUUGGUUCCCGCGAUGGUGUGGGAGGUGGUGACCCCCGCGGCGCUGUCCGCUGACCGCACGCGGCAGAGCGCGCGGCAUUCAGAGCCCGAGGGCGAACACGCAGAAGUGAUGAUGGACGAGUCACAUGACCUGUUCCGCUGUGAGGAGCGCCUCUCCUCCCCCGGCUUCCCCACCAGUGACAGCCACAUGGAAUACGACGACCUCCCAGACCUGCAGGAGGUUCGGGAGGAGGCGGAGCCAGCGGCGCCCCUCGUCUACCAGGUGGACGUGGGCGUGUCCCACCAGGAGCGGCCUCCGGACACACACUGGCUCACCCAGCUGGCUCACAUCGCCACGGGCCCUCAGAGCCCCCUGCUGCGGCGGGGGCCCCUCAGCGUUGGAGCCGGCCUCUCCAGCACCAGCAGCAAUCUACAUUCCUACGCCCGGCCUCCUCCCCCUAGAGGUCACGGCAGGGAGCGCCGGAGCACCAGGAAGAGCAGCGAAUGCGGCUCUGCGGUGUCGACCAGAUCCUCUCUGUCCAACGAGGAAGACAUGGGCUGGAGCUUCUCCUGUCCACCCACGGCCUGGCACUGCUUUCUUAAAGGCACUCGUCUGCGUUUCCACCGCGGCGCCGACGUGGAGUGGCGGGACGUGGAGGGCCUGGACUCAGCCGAGGAAGACUCCGGCGAUGAGGAGCGGUCCGGGUCUCUGAAGAGUUAUGGCUGCGAGGGUCUGCAGCUGGUGGAGCAUUCAGAGACCGUGCUGUCCGGUCAGGCCGUCCUCCAGCUGACCUUUGACCCCGGCGCAUUCGGCCACGCCGCCAUGACGGCCCGGUGCCAGCUGGACCACCCCUUCUACGUGAAGGAGAAAGGUCGGAGCCGCCAUGACGGAGGAGACGUGGUGGAACGCGGCCCCUCUUUCACUCUCUCUCCAUCCUUUGCUUUCUCCCGGUCAGGCUGGUCGUCAUUUCACCCGAGCUUGACCGUGGUGCAUUAUGGGAUACCGUGCUACGAGAUGGAGGCGGGAGACGUGUGCCUCCCGCCGGGACACAGGGACGCCAAACACGCCGACAACUCGCCGGUGCUGGACACGUUCAGGAGUUACGCCUUCACUCCUCUGGACUCCUCUGCCGUCUACGUGCUGAGCAGCAUGGCGAGGCGGCGGCGCGCCUCUCAGUCCAGCGGGGGCGCCGCUUCUCCCGACAGAGAGCCGGCGGCGCCGGGCCGCGGUCAGCACGCCGCCCCGAGGAACGAGAAGAGAGGCGCGGGAACCAAGAGAACGCUCUUUGGACCCGCAGCCUCCCGCUCUCCUCGGCGCAAGCCGACCGAAAGCCGGGAAGCCGGCGCGGCGGGAAGCGGCAACGCCGCGGCCACGCCCACUCGGUGCAAGCGGCCGAUGAACGCCUUCAUGCUGUUCGCCAAGAAGUUCCGGGUGGAGUACACGAGGACGUCCCCGGGCAAAGACAACAGGGCGAUCAGCGUCCUCCUCGGCGAGCGGUGGAAGAAAAUGCGAAGCGAGGAGCGGCGGACGUUCACCGUUGAGGCCAAAGCCCUCGCCGACGAGCAGAAGAGGAUCAACCCGGACUGCUGGAAACGCAAAAGAACCAACUCUGGCUGUCAGGGAAAUUAAGGCUGCAGACAGGAAGUGCAAACAGUCUGUAGGAGAGCACACACACACACACACACACAGACACUCACACACACACACAGACACUCACACACACACACACACACACACAGACACUCACUCACUCACUCACACACACACACAGUGAGGAGGCCACACGGUAUACAGAGCUCUGUUUUUCUCUUUUUGAGCCUCUCAACGCCUCUUGCUUUUUUAAAAGGUGCUGUAUGUGAAAACACAUUUGAGGUGGUUAUAGAAGCUCUAAAACACGACGACGUCGUUCCCCAAACGCAACGACGAAGCAGGUCAACCGGGUUCGUUCCUCAGGGCCGGAGGUCGUCCCUCCAUCAUCACGAGCUGGAGCCGGGUGGAGGGCGUGGCGUGUAGCAUCCGAGGUAAAGGAGACCGUGUAGCUAUGUUCCCAAAAUUAUAUAUUAUAUACAAAGACAUAUUUUAAAGUAUUUUCAUGCCUGUAUUACUUGCAUUUGCACAAGACUAUAUAUUUUAACCUUGCUUAUUUUAGUGUAAUUUAUCAUGUAAUGUUUAGUUACUAAACAAAUUGUACGCCAUAAAUUCUCAAAUAGCGGCUCAGGAGCCACGGGUGUCGCCAAAGGGAACGAAGCGGAGAUCUUUAAGAGAGAAUCAGGCCUUUUAUUAAUAGUUAUUAGUUUAUUAGUAUUAUAUGUCUAACGUCUGCAACUUAUUAACUAUUUUACCAUAUUUUCCAAACAUUAAAUCAAUAUCAAGCCGUUCACAGGAGGACGAAUCCUUUCACUUUGCCCCCAAAGGCUUUUAUUUUGAAAAAGGAAAGAAUUGAUGAGUUUUCCCCAAUGGUUUUAUUUUGAAAGUACAAUGAAAGAAUAUUUUUAAGGACAGAAUUAAUGCAGUGCUGAAUUUUCCACGAAAGGCAUAGUCCUCUCGGUGCAAUAACUUUGUUUUAUGGCUUUUAUUUGAUAAUUGUAUGUAUCGUCACAGACGAUAUCAGACGUCUCAUCACACCGUCAGCCGUCAGUCACAACGCAUGCUAGCAUCCCCGUGUGCCAUAAUACCAUGUCUUAUCUGCGUUAUAAUAUAAAUAACAGUAUAUUCAUGUAUAAUCAAAGAGGCCGUGAGACAGCUGAGGCCGGAUGGAGCUUCGCAACUUCCAGAAGGAGGUCGUUUUAUUCAGUUCGUCUUGUUCCCUGAUGAAAUCAGACCGUGGUUGUUAGGCCCCGCCCCCUUUGAGUUUUAUCUUUAUCGCCAAUAAGUUUUCAUAUUUGCUUUCACUUGAUGUUAGAAAAGAGGAAUAGAUAAUAGAACUAUUUGGAUGAUGGGGCCGUGUGAGGAUCCUAGACUGAGGAGGCGGGACAAGGUCAAAAAGGUCGACGGGAACUUAUCGCCAUAAACGUAAUAAUUGUAUAUAAAUCAGAAAUUUUACAAAAAAAUAGGAUGCUUCCUUCUUUUUUAUUUUUUUUUUACAUCUAGUCUCAUAAAAGAGCACAUUUGGCUCAGGUGAAUGAAGUCUACAGAUAAUUGGGGGACUUUUUGGACAUUGUGGUUAAACAUUAUAAUAAACAUGAGCAAAUAUAUUAAUGUUGAACAUCAAAUUAAAGAAGACAACUUGGGCUAUAAGAAUCAUUCAGCCAUUUCAACACAACUCAAACACCAACUGAAAUAACAAUUAAAAUAUCAUAAUCAUAAUUUUGUCAGGAGUCGGCCCACUCGGGAAACGUUUCCGGAACUAAUGACGUAGCUCCGUGCUAUCGUAGAAUAUGAGUUAGAAAGCAAGAGGACUUCACACAGAUUCUAAAUAUCUUUCCAGAAUCCUUCUGCGCCAAAGCAUCACGGAGAUAUGAGCCAAAGAACACAGCCACAUUAAUCGCUUCAUAGCCUCACAGCCAGCAAAUUAAACUUACUUUUGUAGUUUUGAAGAAGAAAAAACUAUUUUCUCCCAGAGAUUCAAGCUGGCAUGUGUUCCGUGUGUGUGUAUGUCCCUUUAAAACAAAGAGGGCUGUAUUCAUACGAGAAAAAGCCAUAAACAUUGCAUGUAAUUAAAACCACUACGAACAUAACUGCACGUGGUAGGGAUGUGAGUGAGAUGGACGUCUAUUUGGGCUUUUAAGUGCUGGACCCGUGGGCGCUCAUCACCUCAGAACGAGGUUUAUUCUUAAUGCACUAUAUACACUUUAUCUCACGGGACUGCUACAGUACAUGUGUCAUGACAAACAUUCAUAUGAUUAUAUAGAAAUAUAUAUUUUUUUGCUUUCGACGUAAUCCUUGUUAACCUUUCAUGACGGGGUGCGUUGAUUAUUUAACAUUGUAUUUUGAGUAUCGUGUACAGGAGAGAACAUGCAAUACAGUGUAUUAUAAUAUAUAUAAAAUCAUGAUAAACCUG